GGUUUCGACUCCUGCUGCAGCGGCAGUGCCUGCGCUUUGCGCUUCUCACCAACUCCAUCAUCCUUUCUCAACGUUCGCUUCAGGUUUUACACGACUAUUCCUUGGAUUUUGUUUUCUCCUUCGCUGUUGUAACUCCUAUCAUCCCCAUCCAUUUCGCUAUUUUCUUCAUUCUAGCCAUUUCUCUCGUUGAUCAUCUACACCGACACCAUAGCCACACAGUAGUUCAAACUCCUCACGCAAACCUGAGACACUCUCGCCAAGCAGGUGGCGAUCGUUUCCAGCCAUUCACUCUUGCCGGUCGCCAUUGUCGAGCUUCUACAUGUGCCUUGCCACUACAUCGUCCUCGUCCUCGUCGCUGGCGGUUGAUUGCUAGGAAGAGAGAUCUGACCUGAAUUGCCCUCUGCAUUCCGGACGACUCGAACCUCCACUUUUUCGAAGCGUGUCCACCACGCGAUCGGCCCAGAUGUUGGGCUAAACGGAAUCAUUGCCUAGGAAGAGGAGGGCAGAAAGGCCUAUAGCGCAGAAAUGGCGUUGACUGAUCGAGACGGACAUCGAGGUGUUGACCGUGCAUUGACGGUCGAGGAGGAACGGCAUCGACGUCGUCUGCACCAGAGAUGGAAUUGUUCAAGCCCGCUCGCCAUGGCCAUUUUCCUGCUUGUCUUAUGCGUGCCCUCUGUACGCGGCGCCUAUGUCGACUUUCGCAAUUGUCUGGAUAGCAAUAUUGUCAAUUCGAAUCCGCGCAUCCUACAGUUUGACCCCUUCAACGUGUCCGCCGUAUUCAACAGCUCUUCAACCUCCGAUCGACAUCAUCUCAAUAUCACCGUUUAUGGGAAUGUUACUGGAAAGGCAACUGAACAGCCUUAUCCUCCUCCUGACGACCCGUCAUGGGAGAAUCCAAACGAUACUUUUGGCAAGAUCCCCGAUUUGAGCGAGUCAAACAACAAGUACACUACCCUCUUUACCCGUGUCAAUUUCCUAGGGUAUACUCCAUGGAAUGCGGAUCCUUCGCGAUUCUGUGAGUCGGUGAUCCAUGGAGAAUGCCCCUUGGCUCCCGCCUUCUACGUCAACGAAAGCGAUCUGGACCAUUUGCCUGCCUUUUCUGUCGCACACGAUCUGCUCUCCAGUUACGCCUUUGCCUCAUUUCAAGCCACAUUGAGAGUUCAGUCGGGCGAUGCGAGCGGGCAAUUCUACAGCUGUGUCACCGCCACAAUUACUCCCGACCUAGGAGGAUCUCUCAAGGCUAUACUCAGAUAUGUGCCGCUCGUGGUACUGAUCGUGGUCGCCGUCGCUACCAUCGCCGCCGCCAUCCUGAGUCCUUGGGGCUCCGUGGACCUGUUUCAUUGGAGCAGCAAUUUUGGUCGUGAUGAGGACUUGCUGCGCCUCGUCACCCCGGGAUUUGGAGACUGUUUGCAAUAUAUCCAAUUUGUCGUCCUGACCGGCAGUUUGUCCUUGAAUUAUCCUGGCUUCUAUCAGCCGGCAGUAAGCCGCGUCGCCUGGUCUUCCCUCAUGUUCAAUGAGAGUUUCGUGACUGGCGGAAACGGGACCCAGAGCGUGGUCGACGGUAUCUAUGAAUAUCGCCAGAAUACCAAAUAUGGUCUCGAUCGAAUGAGCCAACUAGUCGGCAUGACCUCGGACAAAGACAUUUGGGCCGACAUGAUUGUUUGGCUAGUGGUCAUUGUCGCUGCCGUCUCAAUCUUGACCCAAGUAGGAUUUGCGGUCCGCUGGAUUUACCGAAAAAUCAAGAAGGAGCCGCCAGAGGAUCUCCGUUCGAAAAACGGCCCGUUCACCGCCGGAAAUGUCGUGCGACUGGUUCUGAACUUCUUCCUCCUGCCUUUGGCAUCGUUGUCAUUCUAUCAGCUGGUCAUUGCAGGAAAGGGUCCCGCGUACUCCGUUGCACUUGCAGCAGUGGCGCUGGUUUUGGUCGUCGCAUUUUUGACCUGGGUGCUGUUAUUGUUCAUUCGGACGAGACCACGCUCGUUCCUCUUCGACGACUUUCUGAUGGUCCUUGCCUACGGACCUCUAUAUAACACCUAUUGCGACGAUGCCGCCAUUUUUGCAUUGAUUCCUCUUCUUGUCAACCUUGUACGGGGCAUUGCAAUUGGCGCAGUCCAGCCAUCCGGCAUCGCACAGAUUGUGCUUCUGGCAAUCUGCGAGAUUGUUAUGAUUCUUACAAUUAAUGCUUUCCGGCCGUUUCCGUCCGCCACAUCCAUGAACAUCUAUCACACUUGCUUCUCAGUCAUCCGACUUAUCACCAUCCUUCUCUCUAUAGCUUUUGUGCCUGCACUGAGUGUUGAAGAUUCGUCCAGAGGCUGGAUCGGAUAUGCGAUCCUCAUAAUCCAUGCUUGCACCAUGGUUUUCGGGUUCUUCUUGAAUGCUGUCCAGACUUUGGUCGAAGUCAUUGCUCGGCUUGCUGGCGCAGGCGGACGGGACGAAGCAACAGGGGGUGCCACUAGAGGUGGAUUGAACAAGGUGUUUGGAAUGCGACAACUAUCUCGACGGAUGCCGCGGCGGGCUACUCAAGACCCGCGCCAUAGCAUGUCAUCGAACGCGGCCAUGUUGAACGCCAUCGAAAACGACCAACAGAAGCUACAGAUGGCCAAGACCAGGUCGCGCAGUGUCUCGGCUGCAUCAGGCGUUUUGUUGGAAAGCGGCGUGAACUCCAACCGGAUCAGUCAGAACCUCGAUGGCCGCGUAGUUGGUCAAACCACGCCUGAUAGAUCCAGCAGGGGAUCAAGGCGACUCACAGUCCGGCUUAGUGGCGCAGGAUCCCUGGGGGGAAUCGUGGGUAUCCAGAAGCAGGUGGAACAAAAAGACCCCUACUAUCGACCGCCGCGCAGAAAUACAAUGGAUGCACUUGCCGGAGUGGACAGUCGUCCAGAUCUAGCUCAAGUGCCAUCGAAAGGUGCUAUGGCAAAUGAAGGAGCCAUCGAAGACGACGCUGGCGAAGGACCCUCCACUCCUAUGCCCUUGGAGAAUGACGACUUUGAAGACAUUACCAACGAUUUGACGAGGACAAAGACUGACUAUGCUGUGAGAGAAGUUGACUUCUAUUACGGUGUCCGUGGUGCUGCUCUCUCCAGCGGAACGAGGAAGCUCAAGACUGGACCUGCCGAUCCAACAGGACCCGUCUCCACUGCUACUGGAUGGUUCAAAAAUCUUCUGGGUGGUAAGACAAAAGAAAAGAACAAGGGAUUCGAGGUGGUCAGGAGUGCACGCGCUCCUCCUCCAGGAUUAUUUCCACCACACACUCCUGUCCGAGAAAGCCAGAUCGCUGAGCCUUACCACGACGACGUCCAAAGCAUAGAAGAGAGCCAGACAGAUCGAAACAGUGCAGGGGUCUCGUCUCCUGCGCCACAGCCCAAGGUCCAAAGACAGAGCCAUCAUCAAAGUGUCUAUGACGACGUCUCUGUUGCAGACUCGGACGACGAUGAGGAGGCCGAGAGUCCCGUUCCAGCAAGACCGCCGUCGUUGCCCCUCAUCGAAUCUGUGGGUGGCAUUGAACUGCCCAGUCGCAUUGGGUCUGAGGCUUCAAGGAAGUCCCGCGGCAAACCCCCACGGACACAUGAGACAGACAUUCCCGCGGUUCCCGCCAUUCGUCGUAAAAGUUCGCGAAGACAAUCAGGUGGCGACCCGGGCGACAGAGGGCUGGCUGAAUCUGCAUUAUCUGCCUCGCGUCCAGCUAACCUUACAUCCCGAAAGGCGCCGACUCAGCCGCUAGGCACUAGCCGCAUUCCCUUUGCGAACACGCAGCCGUCGACUGCCCGCAACAAGAGGUACUCGACCGGGGCUGAAUCGACGACGUCGAGCGUGAUCCGUGACGGAGACGAAAACAUCCCCGUGCACCCGUCAUAUACCAGUCAGAUGCGGCAGUCGGCCACAUCCGCACUUGGGACCCAUGGGGCUGAUCUCCGCAAUGACCGGCCGUCAAACAUGGGAUUUGUGCAACAACACAGGGCGAGUGACCAUAUUCACUAUAGUCCGGAUUCUCCUGAGUUUGAGGGGAGCACCGCAGAAGUUCACGGCCGCCCGGCAUAUUAAGCUGCUAGUCGCCCAUGAUCUUGCAGAGAAUCACGAAGUUCACGACCUGUUUGCAGAAUAUAUAUUGUAUGGAGGAUCCAAGGUGAUUGAAGACCGUCAUCCAUUACCGGUAUACAUUGAGGGAAUAUGAUCAUGGCAGUUUUGUUGCAUUCAUUGCCGGGAUGGUGUUCAAGAAGAGCACCGACUCAAGGCAAGUCGAAAAGUUUAACGUUGGACUCGAGGGGGAAUACACUUUUUGGGCUCCUUUUUUGCCAGUUUGAUCAGCGCGGCGUCUGGGUCUUGUGCAGAAGGGAAUAAUGGACUAGGCCUAUUCUUUGAGGCAUAUAUGUAAUUAAUAGUGUCCCUAAUGUCAUCCACACGUAACUGUUUCGCAGCGGCUUUAUGCGCGAGCGGUGGAAGUUGGAAGCGUUGGGGUUGAGAUGCUAGCAAUAAGCACGGUGCGCCCAAGACAAUAAAACAUGGGCAGUGGUUGUCUUUCAACCAGCCGUCAAUCCCUUGCACAAGUAG